AUGUCCUUCUUCAAUUUCCGUAAGAUCUUCAAGUUGGGGAGCGAUAAGAAGAAAAAGCAGUACGAACAUGUGAAGAGGGAUCUGAACCCGGAGGAGUUUUGGGAAAUUAUAGGAGAAUUGGGCGACGGAGCCUUUGGCAAAGUGUACAAGGCCCAGAAUAAAGAGACCAAUGUUUUAGCUGCUGCAAAGGUGAUUGACACCAAAUCUGAAGAAGAACUUGAAGACUAUAUGGUUGAAAUUGAUAUAUUAGCAUCUUGUGAUCACCCUAAUAUAGUCAAGCUUCUAGAUGCCUUCUAUUAUGAGAAUAAUCUUUGGAUCCUCAUUGAAUUUUGUGCUGGUGGAGCAGUGGAUGCUGUGAUGCUUGAGCUUGAGAGACCGUUAACUGAGUCCCAAAUACAAGUAGUUUGUAAGCAAACUUUAGAGGCUUUGAACUACUUACAUGAUAAUAAAAUCAUCCACAGAGAUCUAAAGGCUGGCAACAUUCUUUUUACCUUAGAUGGAGAUAUUAAGUUGGCGGAUUUUGGAGUAUCAGCUAAAAACACAAGGACAAUUCAAAGGAGAGAUUCCUUUAUUGGCACACCCUAUUGGAUGGCUCCUGAGGUAGUCAUGUGUGAAACAUCAAAGGACAGACCCUAUGACUACAAAGCUGACGUUUGGUCCCUGGGUAUCACUUUAAUAGAAAUGGCUGAGAUAGAACCACCUCAUCAUGAAUUAAACCCAAUGAGAGUGCUGCUAAAAAUAGCAAAAUCUGAGCCCCCUACAUUAGCACAGCCAUCAAAAUGGUCUUCAAAUUUUAAGGACUUUCUAAAGAAAUGCUUGGAAAAGAAUGUGGAUUCCAGGUGGACUACAUCUCAGCUACUGCAGCAUCCUUUUGUGACCGUUGAUUCCAACAAACCAAUUCGGGAGUUGAUUGCAGAGGCGAAGGCUGAAGUUACAGAAGAAGUUGAAGAUGGCAAAGAGGAGGAUGAUGAUGAGGAAACAGAAAAUUCUCUGCCAAUACCUGCCAGCAAGCGUGCCUCCUCUGACCUGAGUAUUGCCAGCUCUGAAGAAGAUAAGCUUUCACAAAAUGCUUGUAUUUUGGAAUCUGUCUCAGAAAAAACAGAGCGUAAUACUUCUGAAGAUAAAUUUAACAGUAAAAUUCUUACUGAAAAACCCACCGGUGAUGAACCUGAAAAGGUUGUGGUGGGUCCUGAUGAACAUGUUAAUGAUACUCAUUUAGAAGCUAUGGCUGAACUUCAUAAUAAAGCAGCAGUAAUUGAGGAAAAUGGAAGAGAAGAGAAGAGACCCAAGCUUGAAAAUCUUCCUGACACAGAAGACCAUGAGGCAGUGGACAUUAGGUCAGUCAGUGAAGGAAAGGAAAAUAACAUAAUGAUAACUUCAGAAACAAAUACUGAACAGAGUCUGAAACCUGAAGAAGAAACAGAUCAGGAAAAGCAGCAGAUAUUUGAAAAUAAGUUUAUAAAAUCUGAAGAAAUUGAAGAUACUACUGUCCAAGCAAUGGAUUUAGUUUCUGAAGAGACUGGAGAAAAAGAGGCAGAUAUUCAGGCAAUUGAAAAUGAAGUUGAGUUUACAAAGGAAGAUACCCAAGAGAAAUUGGGAAAAGAGGACAAAACUGAAAAAGAUACAAUCAGUGAUACAAGCAAAGUGAUAGGUACAAAUGAGGCAGAAGAUGUUGCUCAGAGGGCAACUGAGAACGGUGCUGAGGAUGCUCAGCGUGGUGAUGGGAAAGAAGUGGGUGACGUAGGCCAGACAUUAGCGAUCAAGUCCACAGAGGGUCCUGAGGCUGGUGGUACUGAGAAAGUUUCUCUUGAAGAAAGAGUUGAAACUAAUGAGACAGACAAAAAAUCUAUAGAUGGUAAGGGUGAGGAGCAACCAAUCAGCAGCUCAGAGAACACAUUGGAGACCAGUGAGGAAGGCAGGACAAAUGAAGCUGCGAUAACUGAAUCAAGUGGCACUGAAGGAACAGAGGUCAGAAGUGUAGUGAGCGACACUGACCAGAGAGCUUUAGAAAGGGAAACUCCGGAUGUUCAUAAAGCCACUACUCAGGUGGACACAGAGCAAAAAGAAAUUCCAAGUGACGUACCAGUUAAAGCAGAACCUCAAGUUACUGCCGCUUCACAGCCCACUGAACCUCAGCCUGUUCCAAUACCCAGUAUUAAUAUCAAUCCUGAAGAUGCAGAAAAUAAAGGAGAAAUAGGUGCUUUAUCAAAAACUGAAACCAUGUUACCAGAAUCUGAGAAUCAAAAGGAAAAUGAUACUGAUUCAGGCACUGGUUCCACUGCUGAUAAUAGCAGCAUUGACUUGAAUCUCUCCAUCUCUAGCUUCCUAAGCAAAACUAAAGACAGUGGAUCAAUAUCUUUACAAGAAACAAGAAGACAAAAGAAAACAUUGAAGAAAACACGCAAAUUUGUUGUUGAUGGUGUAGAAGUAAGUGUAACAACAUCAAAGAUAGUUACUGAUAGUGACUCCAAAACCGAAGAAUUGAGGUUUCUUAGGCGUCAGGAACUCCGGGAAUUAAGAUUUCUUCAAAAAGAAGAACAAAGAGCCCAACAGCAGCUCAAUGGCAAACUGCAGCAACAGCGAGAGCAAAUUUUCCGACGUUUUGAGCAGGAGAUGAUGAGCAAGAAACGACAAUAUGAUCAGGAGAUUGAAAAUCUAGAAAAACAGCAGAAACAGACUAUUGAACGUCUAGAACAGGAACACACAAAUCGCUUACGAGAUGAAGCCAAACGCAUUAAAGGUGAACAAGAAAAAGAGUUGUCCAAAUUUCAGAAUAUGUUAAAGAACCGAAAGAAGGAGGUUAUAAAUGAAGUGGAGAGAGCACCCAAAGAGCUGAGAAAAGAGCUCAUGAAACGCAGGAAAGAGGAGCUUGCACAAAGCCAGCAUGCUCAGGAACAAGAGUUUGUUCAGAAGCAACAACAAGAAUUAGAUGGCUCUCUGAAAAAGAUCAUCCAACAGCAGAAGGCAGAGUUAGCCAAUAUUGAAAGAGAGUGCCUGAAUAACAAGCAACAGCUCAUGAGAGCUCGAGAAGCUGCAAUUUGGGAGCUUGAAGAACGACACUUACAAGAAAAACACCAGCUGCUCAAACAGCAACUCAAAGAUCAGUAUUUUAUGCAGAGACACCAGCUACUUAAGCGACAUGAGAAGGAAACAGAACAAAUGCAGCGUUACAAUCAACGACUUAUUGAGGAGUUGAAAAACAGACAGACUCAAGAAAGAGCAAGACUGCCUAAGAUUCAGCGUAGCGAAGCCAAGACUCGAAUGGCCAUGUUUAAGAAGAGUUUGAGAAUUAACUCAACAGCAACGCCAGAUCAGGACCGUGACAAAAUUAAACAAUUUGCUUCUCAAGAAGAAAAGAGGCAGAAAAAUGAGAGAAUGGCUCAGCAUCAAAAACAUGAAAAUCAGAUGCGGGAUCUUCAGCUGCAGUGUGAAGCCAACGUUCGCGAGCUGCAUCAGCUGCAGAAUGAAAAAUGUCACCUCUUGGUUGAACAUGAGACUCAGAAACUAAAGGAGUUAGAUGAGGAACACAGCCAAGAAUUAAAGGAAUGGAGGGAGAAAUUGAGACCUAGGAAGAAGACCCUGGAAGAAGAGUUUGCUAGGAAACUACAGGAACAGGAAGUGUUCUUUAAAAUGACCGGGGAGUCUGAAUGCCUUAACCCAUCGACACAGAGCCGGAUUUCCAAAUUCUACCCUAUUCCUAGCUUGCAUUCCACUGGAUCAUAA